AUGAAUACUGGGAGCAGUUGGAAGAUUUCAUUGCUGUCACAACUGACUUUCUGGAAACUUACUGUUGGUGUCGCUGAGGCUAAGAUCUACGGUCUUCACGAGUUCAUGAACAGAUGUGACUGGGCUGUGAAACUUGCUGCCCAGGUCUUUAACUCAUAUCUUGGUAUGGCAAGCAGAUACGAGGUCGUUGUGGAAACUUACCUUCGCGCGGACGAUUUGUGUUUCUUGGAAAGAGUCCGAUGUUCUCUUGUUGCCGAGAGAAUGAGGCUUACAGCAUUGAGAAAGAGUCUCACUGUCCUUCGCAAUACCUCCAAGGACUUAGUCAACGAUUUGGAGGUUGCGCUUUUGAAUUAUGAUACUGAGUCUCAAGUUUGUGUUGCUGCUGUGUCUGUGGUGUUGCUGGAGUUUGAUAGGUUCUUCGACAACAUGAUAUUGAAAUCCUAUCCUAACAGUUCGCCUCAAGAGCUUGAGGAAAUUUGA